AUUUCGUUCGCAAUAUUCGUAACCGGUGAAUAUCAUUCAUUGUAAUAUUAAUCGUGCCUAAGCAAAAUGUCUUACCAUCACAUACAGCUCGUGCUACUUGGCGUGUUCCUGUUCCUGAUCGCGCCCUUCAAGACCGAGAUCAGUUUUUCUGUCAAGAAGGUGCCCAAGAAGGUGUCUGUAAAGGAUUACAAGGUGCAUAUCGACGCCGGGAAAGAGGAAUGCUAUUAUCAAUACGUGAACUCGGGUGCGACUCUCUACAUCAGUUUCCAGAUCUUGCGCGGUGGAGAUAAAAAAGCUGGUUUUGAAAUGAAAAAUCCAGAGGGAAUCAUAAUUUACCCUUGGCAAUGGCAGUACAAUGAUAAUUAUCAAGAACGAUCAGUAAACGGUGGUUAUUAUAGUAUAUGCAUUGAUAAUCGCUUAUCAUUAGCCAGUCCAAGAAUAGUGAAGUUGUAUUUCAUGGCAAUUAGGUCUGAUCAAUGGCAGCAAUAUAAGCAGGAGGUAGAAGAACAGAAUCUUUCUAUCCAGAAUUUUACAAAUGCAAUUAUGCAUGUGGAGAAGAACAUUGAUGAAAUGCUACGAAUUCUACAUUGGAAGAGAAGCAGAGAGGAGAAAAACUUGAAUCUGCUGUUGAACAAUAGCUCUUACGUACAGAUGUGGUCAAUCACGCAAGUGAUCGUCAUCAUAGUGACGAUUAUGGUACAGGUGUAUUUUAUUAGGAAGUUAUUUCAUCUGAACAAUAAGAUAUGCAGUUAACAUUAGUGAAUAACCGCCAAUUGUUAGCUCGAUAAGAGCAUUGUCCAAUAUCUAUUAUGACUAUUGUAUUAAUUGAUUAAUAUGUCAAAAAUUCGAGUUUAGUAAGUGCAAUGCAUGUUUCAUCGUUUGAUAUUUAUGUUAUUUUGAUGCUGCUAUAUAUAUAUUUAUAUGAAAUUACUCUUGGAAAUUAUUUGCAGAAAUGAUAGAGAUACAAAAAUCUAUAGAUAACAGUGUAACUAUGCAUAUAAAUCUUUCGAGUUUAGUAAAUGCAAUGCAUGUUUCAUCGUUUGAUACAUUUAUAUGUUAUUUUGAUGCUGCUAUAUAUAUAUAUAUAUAUUUUUAUGAAAUUACUCUUGGGAAUUAUCUGCAGAGAUGAUAGAGAUACAAAAAUCUAUAGAUAACAGUAUAAUUAUACAUAUAAAUUUUUCGAAACAUAUAAAUCUUAGUAAUUGCAAUACAUGUUUCAUCAUUCGAUAUAUUUAUAUGUUAUUUUGAUGCUGCUAUAUAUAUAUUUAUAUGAAAUUACUCUUGGAGAUUAUCUGCAGAGAUAAUAGAGAUACAAAAAAUUCGUUACAUACAGAAAUUUAUUAAUAAGUAGACAAGUUUAAGAAAUUCUUUGUAAGAUGGAGAUAUAUAUUUGGACAUAGAUUAGCUUGUAACAAAUGAAAACAUGAACUCUCAAUUAACAAAAACAUAACAAAGUAUUAACACCAAUGAGAUUUUGCAUUUAUAUGCAUUUUUCUAUCAAACUUACCACAAAAUAUUUUCAUUUA